GGUGUUUUCUACGGUACAAGCCGAAUGGCGGACCGUGAGGCGUCGCCGAUACCGUUGGAGAUCCGAGCCCGGCUGGCGGAGCUGGAGCUGGAGCUGUCAGAGGGGGACAUCACUCAGAAGGGUUAUGAGAAGAAGAGGUCCAAGCUGAUCAGGGCAUAUGUUCCACACGCUGGAGGUAUGGAAGGGCCCAUGUCUCACCGGGCCCCGCUCGGCCCUCCCUCGGCCGCCCGUUUCCACCGGCGGAGAACCUCCGGCACAAGAGAUGAACGCUACCGCUCAGACGUCCACACCGAGGCCGUGCAGGCUGUGUUGGCGCGACACGUGGAGAGGAAGGUGGCGGUGCCCAUGCCCUCCAAAAGACGUUCGCUGGUGGUGCAGACCUCCAUGGAUGCUUACACGCCUCCAGGCCUGUCCCCCCUGUGCUCAGACUCGUCGUCGGGCUCAGAGGAGGAGGCGGGGCCAGGCGACGACAUGUCGGGCAUGGAGCACUGGAUGAGCCGCCCUUCCCAGUUAGGCCCCGCCCACCUGGGCUCCACCUCCUCCUCGUCCUCGUCAACGCAGAGUGGAGGCAGCGGCAACGCCGGGCGGCUGGCCGACUCGCUGGCGCACACGCACAUCUCGCACCUGGCGCACACGCACCUGGCGCACACGCACCUGGGCCAGUCGCACCACCAGCAGAGCCACCUGUCACAGCCACACCACGGUAUCGGCCACUUGUCUCUGAAGAGGAAGGGAGCUCUGAGUGUAGCAGAGAACGGAGGAUCUCUGCGACGAUCCUGUGAGUUCGGGUCGGACAUGCUGUGGCCACCGCCGCUGGAGUCAGACGAGAAUCACUCGGCCCCCCCGGAUGUGACGGGCUACUCGUCGGACUCGUCCCACUCCCACACCGAGCGUCACCACAUGGCCAACAUGGGAACCAUUGCCAGGAACACGCAGAAGUACGGCAACGCGGAGCGCAUGGAGACGGGUGACGGCGUCCCAGUCAGCAGCCGUGUGUCGGCGAAGAUCCAGCAGCUCGUGAACACACUGAAGCAGCCGCGCAGACCUCCGCUACGAGAGUUUUUCGUCGAUGACUUUGACGAACUCCUAGAGGUCCAGCAGCCGGACCCCAAUCAGCCUCGGCCGGAGGGCGCGGAGAUGAUGCCGGUGCGAGGCGAGGCGCUGGGGGUGGUCACUAACUGGCCUCCUUCCCUGGAGGCUGCACUCCAACGCUGGGGGACCAUCUCCCCUAAAGCCCCCUGCCUCACCAGCCUGGACACGGCAGGGAAGCCCCUCUAUGUGCUCACAUAUGGGAAGCUGUGGUCUCGCAGCAUCAAGCUUGCCUACAACAUCCUCCACAAACUGGGCAGCAAGCAGGAGCCCAUGGUGCGACCGGGCGAUCGGGUAGCGCUGGUCUUUCCUAACAACGACCCAGUGGCCUUCAUGGUGGCCUUCUACGGCUGUCUGCUGGCCGAGGUGGUCCCUGUCCCCAUAGAGGUUCCCCUAAGUCGCAAGGACGCCGGCAGCCAGCAGAUUGGAUUCCUGUUGGGCAGCUGUGGCGUUACCGUGGCGCUGACCAGUGACGCCUGCCAUAAGGGUCUGCCCAAGAGUGCAACAGGAGAGAUCCCACAGUUCAAAGGUUGGCCCAAGCUGCUGUGGUUUGUAACAGAGUCGAAGCACCUUUCCAAACCUCCCAGAGACUGGUUCCCUCACAUCAAAGACGCAAACAACGACACUGCUUACAUAGAGUAUAAAACCUGUAAGGACGGCAGCGUGUUGGGAGUCACGGUGACGAGGAUCGCUCUGCUCACACACUGCCAGGCUCUCACCCAGUCCUGCAGCUACACCGAGGCGGAGACCAUAGUGAACGUUCUGGACUUUAAGAAGGACGUGGGCCUGUGGCACGGCAUCCUGACGAGCGUGAUGAACAUGAUGCACGUGAUCAGCGUGCCCUACUCGCUGAUGAAGGUCAACCCUCUGUCGUGGAUCCAGAAAGUCUGCCAGUACAAAGCCAAGGUAGCCUGUGUGAAGUCCAGGGACAUGCACUGGGCUCUGGUGGCCCACAAAGACCAGAAGGACAUCAACCUGAGCUCGCUGCGCAUGCUGCUGGUGGCCGACGGAUCAAACCCCUGGUCGAUCUCCUCCUGCGACGCCUUCCUCAACGUCUUUCAGACCAAAGGGCUGAGAGCUGAGGUCAUCUGUCCCUGUGCCAGCUCCCCCGAGGCCCUCACAGUCGCCAUCAGGAGGCCAGUGGAGGACAGCAGCCAGCCUCCGGGACGAGGCGUCCUGUCCAUGCAGGGCCUGAGCUACGGGGUGGUCAGGGUCGACACGGAGGAGCGUCUCUCGGUGCUCACCGUGCAGGACGUGGGCACCGUCACACCGGGAGGCCUGGUGUGUGUGGUGAAGCCCGAGGGCGUCCCUCAGCUCUGUCAGACAGAUGAGAUCGGUGAGCUCUGCGUUUGCUCCAUCGCCACCGGCACCUCCUACUACGGCCUCACCGGCAUGACCAAGAAUACCUUUGAGGUUUACCCGGUGAGCUCCAGCGGGGGGCUGAUCAGCGAGUACGCCUUCGUGCGGACCGGCCUGCUGGGCUUCAUCGGCCCCGGCGGCCUCGUCUUCAUCACGGGCAAGAUGGACGGACUCAUCAUGGUGAGCGGGCGGAGGCACAACGCCGACGACAUCGUCGCCACGGCGCUGGCAGUGGAGCCAAUGAAAUUUGUCUACAGAGGCAGGAUAGCCGUGUUCUCUGUGACAGUGCUGAGAGACGAGAGGAUCGUGGUCGUGGCCGAGCAGAGGCCCGACUCCACGGAGGAGGACAGCUUCCAGUGGAUGAGCCGUGUGCUGCAGGCCAUAGACAGCAUCCACGGGGUGGGCGUGUUCUGCCUCGCUCUGGUCCCGGCCAACACGCUGCCCAAGACUCCUCUGGGCGGCAUCCACCUGUCGGAGAUCAAGCAGCUUUACCUGGAGGGGGGGCUGCACCCCUGCAACGUCCUCAUGUGUCCCCACACGUGCGUCACCAACCUGCCCAAACCGCGGCAGAAACAACCAGAGAUCGGACCUGCCUCUGUGAUGGUGGGGAAUCUGGUGUCAGGGAAGAGGAUCGCUCAGGCCAGCGGCAGAGAUUUGGGACAAACCGACGACAACGACCAGUUCCUGUUCCUGUCGGAGGUUUUACAGUGGAGAGCUCAGACCACACCAGACCACGUCCUCUACACCCUGCUCAGCUCCCGGGGGGCGGUGUCCAGCUCCCUCACCUGUCUGCAGCUGCACAAGAGAGCGGAGCGAGUGGCCGCUCUGCUGAUGGAGAGAGGAGGUCUGCAGGAAGGAGACCACGUCGCUCUGGUCUACCCUCCAGGUAUAGACCUGAUUGCGGCCUUCUACGGCUGCCUGUACGCCGGCUGUGUUCCCAUCACAGUGCGACCGCCCCACCCUCAGAACAUCUCCACCACCCUGCCCACCGUCAAGAUGAUCGUCGAGGUUAGUCACUCAGCCUGUGUGAUGACCACGGCGGUCAUCUGUAAGCUGCUGCGCUCCAAGGAGGCCAUGGCCACUGUGGACAUCAGGAACUGGCCUCCUGUCCUGGACACUGAUGACCUGCCAAAGAAGAAGCCUCCCGCGCUCUAUAAGCCCACCAACCCUGACGGUCUGGCCUAUCUGGACUUCAGCGUGUCGACGACCGGCAUGUUGGCCGGAGUUCAGAUGUCCCAUAAUGCCGUUGGAGCCUUCUGCCGGUCGGUGAAGCUGCAGUGUGAGUUGUAUCCGUCCAGAGAAGUUGCCAUCUGUCUGGAUCCGUACUGCGGCCUCGGCUUCGUCCUCUGGUGUCUCUGCAGUGUGUAUUCGGGCCACCAGUCCAUCCUGAUCCCUCCGGUGGAGCUGGAGUCCAACCCAGCGCUGUGGCUGCUGGCCGUCAGCCAGCUGAGGGUGCGAGACACCUUCUGCUCCUACAGCGUCAUGGAGCUCUGCACCAAAGGACUCGGCCUGCAGACCGAGGCGCUCAAGGCUCGGGGUCUGGAUCUGUCCCGGGUUCGGGCCUGUGUGGUGGUGGCGGAGGAGAGGCCCAGGAUGUCCCUCACGCACUCCUUCUCCAAACUGUUCAAAGACCUCGGCCUUCACCCGCGAUCCGUCAGCACGGCCUUCGGCUGCAGAGUCAACCUGGCCAUCUGCCUGCAGGGGACUUCAGGACCGGACCCCACCACAGUGUACGUGGACAUGAGAGCGCUGCGCCAUGACAGGGUUCGGUUGGUGGAGAGAGGUUCGCCUCACAGUCUGCCGUUAAUGGAGUCCGGCAAGAUCCUUCCUGGAGUUCGAAUCAUUAUUGCCAACCCAGAGACCAAAGGACCACUGGGAGACUCGCACCUGGGAGAGAUUUGGGUGCACAGCGCCCACAACGGCAGCGGUUACUACAGCGGUUACGGAGAGGAGGUUCUCCAGUCCGAUCACUUCAACUCCAGACUCAGCUUUGGAGACACGCAGACGGUCUGGGCCAGGACGGGCUACCUGGGCUUCCUCCGCCGCACGGAGCUCACCGACGCCAACGGAGAGAGACACGACGCUCUGUUCGUGGUGGGAGCUCUGGAGGAGGCCAUGGAACUGCGGGGGAUGAGGUACCAUCCCAUCGACAUCGAGACCUCCGUCAUCCGCGCGCACAAGAGCAUCAUGGAGUGUGCGGUCUUCCCCUGGACCAACCUGCUGGUGGUGGUGGUGGAGCUGGAGGGCUCCGAGCAGGAGGCCCUGGACCUGGUUCCCAUGGUGACCAAGGCGGUGCUGGAGGAGCACUACCUGAUCGUGGGCGUGGUCGUGGUGACGGACAUCGGCGUCAUCCCCAUCAACUCCCGCGGCGAGAAACAGCGCAUGCACCUGCGCGACGGCUUCUUACAAGACCAGCUGGACCCCAUCUACGUGGCCUACAACAUGUAGCCUGAGUGUGUGUGUGUACGUGUGUGUGCGUGUGUGUGUGUGUGUGCGUGUGUGUGUGUCGGUGGGAGAGAGAGAGCAUGCGUGUGUAUGCCGUGCAUAUCGCCGUUGUUGUUCAUUUAUUUCCCAAAAUCAAGAUGUACUGUAUUUUUGAACCUGCAUAUGGUGUGGUCUAACGUCGUCCGUUUUCUUUAAAGUCGUGUUGUGCCGGUUUGGGUGGUUGGUUGAUUGACUGGUUGAUUGAUUGAUUGAUUGAUUGAUUGACCGAUUGAUUGCUCCGUGGUGAUAUGACCAUUUUUACUCCCCCCGCUCUGGUGACCGUUACCAGGAGCUCGCCACUGUAGAAAGCCUUAGGGGAACACUGUGCUCGGGGCCACGGCUCCGCUCGUCACACCGAGGUUUCGGGAGGUGAAAGCAGAGAGAGAGAGAGAGAGAGAGAGAGAGAGAAACGCUGGAGUCACGUUUUACUGGUCGAAUCGGAAAAUCCCAGAUUUGUGGUAUUAUUAGAAUUAGAACAGGGGCAGCCAGAUUAUUGUAAAAAUAUAAAUAUUGUACAUAGACAUAAUAAUCUAUAUGGAGAGAAACCUAAAACACAAUGAGGUGUAGUAGCCCCUAUAUGCAGCUCUCUCCACCUGCACCCUGUGUGUGUGUCUGCGGUUUAUGUGUGUGUGUGUGUGUGUGUCUCUGUCUGUGAGUGUGUUCAUCUGUCUGUGUUGAUGUGUGACAGGGACAUUUUGCCGAGUUUCAAUGUGAAUUAAACAGAUUUCAAACAGACUUUUAAUCUUUAGACGAUCAAAUAAAGACAUUUUUUUAUGGAGGCUGGAAACAGGAAAACUGAAUUUUAAGAAACAGAAGAUAUUUGUUUUCAGUGUAAAGUUAAAAGCUCCGACUGGCUCCGUAAACCAGCUUGAUGCAGCUUUUCUGAAUCUGGUUUAGUUGUGAGAAGCUGAAAGACAAACAGCCUUUUCCUGAUCAUGUGAUCAUCAUUCGGCCUUUUUUAACCGUUUGAAUCAAAAUUCAUGGACUCACAACUGUGUCAGUGAGACUCUGAGCCUGUGGUGAUCCAGACGUGCCCAGAUAUGAUGUUUCAGCUUCUACUCAAGUUAUUUCUCCUCCUUCUUUGUCUUUUCAUUUCUUUUUUUCUUUUUUUUUUGUAAUUUGUUUAGAUUUUCAGGUUUUGAGUCACAUAAUUUUAGAUUAUGUUCCGACCAAACCCUCAGGACCUUAAGUUGGUGGAUCUCUGCCAAAAUACUGUUCAGUUAUUAUUCAUUUCCAUCUGACAUGGACAGUGAAGUUGUUUCAGUAGUUUUGUAUUCAGUUGUGUGAUUGUGAUAUUAUUUGCUCCCUGUCCACAAAUCUUUUCUACACGUCCACAAACUUAAAUUUCUCAUGUCUUUGAAAUGAUUUCUGAGGCUCAGUACCUUAUUGACAUUUGUUGGAGGCCAUAAAAUAAUUUAAAGCAAAAAAAAACAAACAAAAAAAAAACAGUCUGCACGUGGACAAUAAUUUCUGUUAUCCCAUCACAUCAGUUUGUGUCAGUAACUGUGUGAAAUUCAGUCCCUGAAACAUCCAAAGCAUCUCAUCAAGCAAAGUGCACUGUGUGUAUAUAAAAGAUAAAGACUAUUUAAAGGGAGUUUAGCAGAGUGUCGAUGCUCCCAGUCAUAAGUCAGAGGGAACUGAGGUGUUGCUGCAGCCAAUCAGAGAGAUAAGAGAAGCAGGUGAAGGCACAGGUGAGGACAGAGAAACACGCAACGUGUGAAGCCUCAGCGUCACUUUCAGAAUCCAGAUGCAGAAACAUCUGGAGCUCUGUCGGUGCAGAGAGAUAAAGUUUACAGAGAAAAGCUCCUAUUGUAGCAAUAACGCCCGGAAGCACGUUGUUCACUGCAGGGAUUCGAGUUGAGGAGCUGAUACCAAACUCCUCAGUGCUGCUCCUGACUCGGUUUGUUCCGUUUGGUUCAUGGCUCAGAUUCGGAUCUUGCUUUUUCAUAAAACACAGCUGAACUACACAGAUCUUCAUUGUUCAUUUUCAGGUUUUUGAAAAGUCCUAAAUUUAGCUUUAGAAUUUAAAAAAAUAAACAUAUAUAAUCUUACUGACAGUUAUGAACCAAACAGUUCAUCAGCACUAAAAAGUUAAAAAGUUCAUGUUUUAUUUGCACAGAAAAAUCUUUUUCACACCAAACCUAAACAAAAAAAUCGAGUGUUUUUCAGUGUUGUAGAAACGAAUCCCGAGUGAAGAGCGUCCUCUGGGCUUUGGUACAACAGCUACCGCCGUGUGUGCACUAAGUCAAAGGCCUCCUCAGAGAUCCUGAGGAUAUAUAAGAGUUAAGAUAAAUAAAAUAUAUUAAGAGUUUUAAAAGAAAUCAGUUUAUCCCCAGACCAGGUAUCGUGCUCAGUCGCUCUCAGUGAAUUCUGAGAAUUAUCAUCAGCCCGUCACUGACGCUGCAGGUUCUGUAGGACGUUUUAUUCAACGUUAUUCAGAAUAAUUCAUAAAAAAAAGUGCAUCGUUUGUUUACAUCCCUGUGGAUAAAGUUUCUAAUGACUCAUCUCAUCCUUCUUUUUCUCUCACGCUGAUUCUGUCUCAUUGUCUUUUUUCAUCGUUUGUCUUUUUAUCUGAAGAAAAAAAAUCUUUAUGCAUAUCAGAAGUUGCUUAGCGCUUGUUUGGCUAUCUUAGCAGUUUGGGUUUGUUGGUAGCAGCGUAGCGGUCAUGUUUCAGUCCCUGUGUGUGUGUGUGUGUGUGUGUGUGUGUGUGUGUGUGUGUGUGUGCGUGCGUGCGUGUGCAUGUGCGUGUGUGUGGAGGAUGUUGGAUAAGAAGGAAAUCCCAUCAGAGACCCAGAGGACUCAUCUGUGUGUUCAGGGCUGGAUGGUAGAGAGACUUUAUGGUGUGUGUGUGUGUGUGUGUGUGUAUGUGUGUGUGUGUGUUAGGUGUGUGUGUGUAUAUUGUAUGUAAAUAGUGUUGAUUUUGUACGGUACAAGUGUGUGUGACUUGUUUUGUACACAUGAUAAAAAGAUUAAAUGACACUUUUAUAAGAGCCUGCUAUUGGCUCACCGUCACACUAU